UUUUCAGAAGUGCAAUAUUGUAUUGUAUGUAUGUAUGUAUCUCAAAUCAAUUUAAGUUUGGCGUCCGAGAAAAGCUAAAAGAAAGUUGCUGAUCCCCAAAAGUGACACGUGUCAAUGACAUUUCCGUAAUUUUUUUUCUUUACACUCAGUGUGCAGAAAAAACCAAUGUAAUCAAUACAUUAAUAGAAAGUGCGGAAAUGAAAGAGUAACCAAUGAAGUGCGUACAGAGUAGGCUGAUAAAUGGCAUUUCUUUUGAGGUUCAAAAGAUAAUAUUUAAAGAGUUGGUCGAAAUUUUUAAAAAGCGGAAACAUAUCUAAUGAGCUUGGUCAAGAUUUUUUUUCCUUCUAGUACAUAAGACGUAAGACUUUUGCCUUAAUUUUAUUUUCAUUGAGACAACUUAGUUUGCCACACAGAACUUAAAAUGGCUAACGAUCUUGGAUCAAGAAGUUCAACCCUGGUUAUCCUGGAGGGCUCCUUUUUAGUGAUUCUAAACAUUUUGUCACUUAUGGGAAAUGUUUUAGUCUGUUUGUCGGUUUACAGAAACCCAAGAUUGCGCACAUCUACCAAUCUCUACAUCAUAGCCUUGGCUGUAAGCGACUUACUCUCCGCUGUUUUUGUAAUGCCUCUGGGUGAAAUAGUAUUGUUUUCAGGAAAAUGGCCAUUUGGUGAAACCAUUUGCCAACUUCACGCUUUCAUCAGCCUGUUUGUCAUCUACGUUUCCCCAGCAACCAUGAGUUUGACAGCUGUCAACAGGUACGUUCGGAUAUGCAGGUCAAGUAUAAGUUACAAGAAGAUAUUUUCUCACAGAAAAUCUCGUUUGUGGCUGGCUUUUGUGUGGUUCUUUGUAGCCUGUUACAUCGCAAUUCCGAGAUUUGCAAACUGGCAAGGAUUCGAGUUUGUACCGGGUUAUGCACAAUGUUCUAUCAAACACCUUGGAGAACAAGCCAAACUCAUUCAUUACUUAAUUGUUUUAACUGUUUUCCUUGCAUUACCUUUGCUUGCCACGGCAUUUUGUUACACAAAAGUUCUUAAAGCUAUCCGUCAACACAAAAUGGGAAUCCUUCCCUCUCUCAGUCAGAGGAGAAGAAACGAAGCACGCAUCACCGUCCAAGAGAUUAAACUCAGCAGAUCUCUCUUCAUUGUUGUUUUCACUUUUAUGUCGUGCUGGGUUCCACUCUGGGUGAUUGUUGUAUUAAGGCGUUUUGUCAUCAUGGACAUGCCCAGAAAUGUGGAACUGCUGUGCAUGUUUUUUCUCUACAUUUCAAACACCGUAAAUCCCGCCAUAUACUCUGGCAUGAAUUCAGCAUUUAGAAGCGAGUUUCGUCGCAUCAUAACAUGUACAUCGAAUAAUUUGGGCAACUCUCAGAGUUCACAGCGAGGAAAUUCACACCCCGGAGUUGAGCUUGGUUUGGUUACAUCCUGGCUACGGGGUGCCAGAGUGGAAGCACUUCAUGACAAUGGUUUGGAAAAUGCUCCUCAAGAAGAAUCGCAUAAGGGAAACACUCAAACACAGAAUAAAAACUACUUACAUAUCCCUACGGGAUAAGUUAUCAAGCUUCUUGAUG